AUGGGUAAUCAACAACAAACGGGUCGUAUUCGCAGCGAUACCUAUACACGCUACGAGCGAGAUGGCGAAGACGGUCGUUUUGUGACUCUUGAUAAUGAGUCAACGACCCACAGCAGUAUACCAUCAUAUGACGAACGAAUCUCAUCAAGACAAGAGUCAAGUUUACCAAUACGUAUACGUUAUCAACGUCAAAUGCAGCAACUUCAGGCACAACAAGCUAUAAAUACAGAAUUACAAAAUGAAAAAAAAACAAUACCAGUUGUUUUCAAAUAUCCAGCUUCACCAAAAGAUAAAGAAGCUUUAUUAUCAGGUUCGUUUACUAAUUGGAAAGAGACAGUAGCAAUGGUUAAAAGUGAUAAUGAUUUUGUUGCUAUUCUGGAAUUACCUGAAGGUAAACAUGAAUAUAAAUUUUGUAUUGAUGGUCGUUGGGAAUAUGAUUUAAAUGAGCCAUCAAUAGAAGAUGGUCAAAAUGGUCGUAAUAAUGUUGUUACUGUUAAAAAAAGUGAUUUCGAAGUUAUGGAAGCACUUACAUGGGAUUCUGUUUUAGCUAAUAAUCAAAACCCAAAUUUAAAUAAACAAACGUCGAAUGAUCCUCAAACGCCUUCUUCACCACCGGGUGUUUAUGAUCGUACUUGGCCACCAACAAAUCGUGAAGAAUUUUCACCAACAGAUAAACCACCAGUUUUACCGCCACAUCUUCUCAAUAUUAUUCUUAAUAAAGACACAUCUGAUCAUUAUGAACCUGCUCUAUUACCUGAACCAAAUCAUGUUAUGUUAAAACAUCUUUAUGCAUUAUCAAUUCGCGAUGGUGUUAUGGUAUUGAGUACAACAGCACGUUAUAAACAAAAAUUUGUUACAACAUGCUUUUAUAAACCGACAGGCAAAUAA